AUGGCUCCAUCCGCAGUCUCACCACCACCCUCAAACACCGGCAAGCUGCUUGUCAAACCCUGGUCUCGACCACAGCCGACAAGAGAAGAUCUAGACUGGGCGCCUCUCACCACCAUUGAUCUUUCACGGUUUGAUGAGCCAGGUGUCAAGCAGGAACUAGCAAAACAACUCUACGAUGCCAUCGCACGAGUGGGGUUCUGGGUCGUGACGGGCACCGGCAUCGAUGAUGAUCGUGUGCUACGUCAAUUUAGCAUCGGGAACACAUUUUUCAAAGAGCCGCUGGAAGAGAAGCGGACGCACCCAUGCAACUUUGCAGAAGGUGAGUAUUUUGGAUACCGGGAGAAUGAGAGAUGGCUCGGAGAUACGGGGGUAAAGGAGAACAUCGAGAUGCUCAAUAUCCACAAGGACAUCCCAGCGUGGAAGGAUGUCGGCCGCCAUCGAGUCAUUGAAGAGAAUUGGGAGGAGAUUAGAGACUUCCACCGCGACGUCUGGGAAGUCGUACGAAAGCUUUUUGUUCUCAUUGCCAUCAUCUUGGAGCUCCCAGAGGAUUACCUCGCCGACGCGCAUGCCUAUGACCAAGUAUCGGAUGAUCAUUUGCGGUACAUGAUCUACAAUGUUCGGACUGAGGAGGAUUGGGACAAAGCACAAGCGUUUUCGACGGGUGGCCAUACGGAUUUCGGCAGCUUGACACUUCUCUUUUCCCAACACGUUGCCGGAUUGCAAAUCAAGACGCCAGAGGGAGAUUGGAAAUAUGUGAAGCCCGUGGAGGGUGGGAUUACAUGCAAUGCUGCAGACACCCUGACGUUCCUCACCAACGGAUUCAUCAAGUCUACAAUUCACCGUGUAGUAAAGCCUCCAACGGACCAGAUCAACAUUCCCCGCCUUGGACUUCUGUACUUCAGUCGGCCGGGCGAUCACACGCCGAUGAGGACCUUGCCAUCGCCUCUUCUGGAUCGCCUUGGUCUGAUUAGAGAUGAAGACAGGGACUUGAGCCGGCCAGUGCCAUCCGGGACGGAGUACGUGCGGGCAAGGGUAAAGGAUGUGCAUCACAAAAAGGUGCUUGAUAAGCGCGAAGGAACGUCAUUCCAGUACAAGGGGUUAGAGGUCAAGAAUCACUAUGACUGA